AUGUUUCUUACAUCCUUUAUCCUUUCUCGUAUCUGCUAUAUGCCUGUUGCUUGUCAUGAUUUCAUCACCCCAUCUGAUUCGUCAGUGUCAUACAAUAGAGUUGUAACUGAUUGUCCAUCUCUAGAUCGCCUUCCAAAUAUCCAAUCACUGUUCCAGCGUAGCCCCGACGACGCCACAGAAACUUUUCUAGCAACUUCGAUUAAUGAUGCAUCAUCGUCCGAGUCACCUUCCACCGAAACCCACGGCACCUUUAGCAGCUGGUCGAUUUCACACUUCAGCACGCUCACGAGGAGCACUGAUUCCCAAAGUACCAGUGUCUCUUCAUACUCGUCUGAUUUUUCCGUUCCUUUAACCCCUACCAUUACUACGUCCAGCCCUAUUUCCGAAACCACAGGGGUUGAGUCUUCGAGUGAACAAAGUACUUCGACGCCCUGCUCCGAUGAGUCUUCCAGCACAGAUGUUUCCGAACCCACAUCGAGCGUACCCGAAAGCACGCCAGGCCACCCCACAACAAGUGCAGAAGAGUCGAGCUCGUCGGCUUCGUCGUCGCCCAGCCCUCCAACAUCAGCGAGCUCAUCAGAGUCCGACAGUUCCACUAUCCCUCUCUCCUCGCCCUCUUCCUCAAGCACCUCGACAACCUGCCACGAUGAGCCCUCCAGCGCGUCUGCCAGCAGUAUCCCCGAGACCAGCACGACUUUAUCCAGCGCACCUGGAAGUACCACUUCGCCAGUCUACUGGCCUCCAAACUACUCACCAACCAGUUCCGCAGAGCUCUCAGAGAGCUCCUCGACGUCGGUGAUCCUGACUCCGUCGCUGACGACUAGUUUCUUUGGAUCUAGCUCGGUCAAGACUUCGACGUUGACUUGGACUUCAACGUUGUGGCCUAAUUCGUCGGUGUAUACUUCCUAUUUCCCAUCGAGCGAGACCUUGCACCAUUCGAGUUCGAGUAGUGAACAUGUAUCAUCUUUGCCGCCCAGCUCAAAGUCCUCAACCGAGACAAGCUCCGUGCCAACGACAUCACCAGCGUUAAACUCCUCCUCGCUAAGUAUGACAAGCAGCGGCUCUCCUACACCGAGUAUCAGCUCCAGUACAGGUACAGGCGGAAUGCCUUCUUCCUCUCCUCCUUCGUCUACACUGACGCCCUUGUUCCCAAACUCGACUUCAUCGGAUGUUGGAAGUACUAUGACUACGCCUACACCUUCUCUGAGUUCGGGGACAGGAUUUGAGUCGUUUACUUCCACACCAUCGUCUUCAGAGGUGAUUAGCGUACCCAGCUCUUCCUCUCCUUCUGAGCAGCCCAGUUCAGGGACGAGAUUCUCGUCAUUUUCGACUACGCCGCUGUUCCCGAACUCGACGACCAGUUCGGAAGUUGAGUCUACACCCAUAACUAGUUCUGGGACAGGAUUCUCGUCUUUUGUACCCACGCCUCCGUCUUCAUCGGAGGUGUUGAGCAGCUCCUCUUUUGAAAAGCCUAGUUCGGGUACAGGUGUUCCGUCGUUCUCGAGCUCGACUUCGGCGCCGUUUUUCCCGAAUUCGACGAGUUCGGAAGUUGCAUCUACGUCCCUGCCGAGUUCAGGGACUGGACUUUUUUCAUUUACACCUACACCUACGCCUAGUUCAGGAACUGGGAUUUCAUCGUUCACACCUACACUAUCUUCAGCGAUCCCAUCCAGCUCGUCUGGAGUGACCAGUGUACCCAGCACCUCCUCGUUCGAGCAGCCAAGCUCAGGCACAGAAACCCCUUCCUUUUCCAGCUCGACCUUGACACCCUUGUUCCCGAAUUCAACAAGCGUUGACAUUGGGUCAACGUCAGUGCCGAGCUCAGGAACAGGAGUUUUCUCCACUGUCCCAACUUCUUCCAUCCCACCAGUGCCAAGCUCAGGGACGGGUAUCUCUUCAGUGCCAACGUCUAACCCGACUCCUCUGUACCCGAAUUCAACAAUCAGCUCAGAGGUCAGCUCGUCUACCACGCCGGGCCCUAGCUCUGGGACUGGAGGGUCCAUCUCAGGAACGGCACCGCCAUCGCUCUCUUUGCCUUCUUCUUCGACCCCGUUGUUUCCUAAUUCGACAGUAGGUACUGAGAGUAGUUUUCCCACACCGGGUCCUAGUUCAGGAACUGGAGUGCAUAGCUCAGGAACAGCACCCCCAUCUCCCUCGCUGUCUGUUUCGUCCACACCUUUGUUCCCUAAUUCCACGGUGGGUAGUGGGAGCAGCUUUCCUACACCCGGACCUAGUUCGGGUACAGCCACCCCCAGUUCAGGUACUGCACCUCCAUCGUUCUCGCUAUCGUCUUCUCCGACGCCCUUGUUCCCUAAUUCAACGGUAGGGACUGGGAGUAGUUUGUCCACAUCGGGUCCUAGUUCAGGAACUGGAGUACCCAGCUCAGGAACAGCUCCUCCGUCGCUCACGCUAUCUUCUUCGCCAACGCCUUUGUUCCCUAAUUCUACAACGGGCUCUGGAAGUGAGAGUUCGCUGCUUACUACAGGGCCUAGCACGGGCACUGUCAUUCCAAGUUCUGGUACGAUCAUAUCAAGUUCAGGAACCGGCGUUUCGUCCCUCCCAGUAUCCUCUUCUUUGCCACCGUUUCCGAAUUCGACGACGACUGGGACUACGGAAAGCUCGUUCUUUACAUCAGGACCUAGCACCGGAACAGCUAUUCCAAGUUCAGGGACAGGAGUCUCGUCGUUUCCUCUCUCCUCUACUUCUCUACCUCCGUUCCCCAAUACUACGACGAUUGGCAGUACGGAUAGCUCGUUUACACAAGGUUCGACCUCUGGUACAGCUAUACCAAGCUCUGGGACUGGAAUUUCAUCAUUUUCACUCUCCUCGUCGCUACCUCCCUUCCCGAAUUCGACUGUGGUAAGUGAAAGCUCUUUCACUCAUGGACCCUCUUCGGGUACAGCUAUCCCAAGCUCUGGUACCGGCGUGUCAUCUUUCUCUCUUUCCUCGUCCUUACCACCGUUCCCGAAUUCUACAAUAGCGAGUGAGAGCUCUUUCACGCCAGGUCCCAGCUCCGGAACAGCGAUUCCAAGCUCUGGAACUGGUGUGUCGUCUUUCUCUCCUUCUUCUCUGCCCCCAUUCCCCAACUCUACAAUCGUGAGCGAGAGUUCGUUCACACCAGGACCCAGCUCUGGGACUGGAGUGCCGAGCUCGGGAACUGGUAUUUCUUCUAUUCCCUUCUCGUCAUCCAGUACGCCUCCGUUCCCCAACUCUACGAUGGUUAGCGAGAGCUCUUUCACUCCUGGUCCCAGCUCAGGAACCGCUAUUCCGAGCUCAGGAACUGGCAUAUCGUCUAUUCCUCUCUCAUCGACCUUCACGCCACCAUUCCCCAACUCCACAGUAUCAAGCGAGAGCUCCUUCACACCCGGGCCUAGCUCCGGCACUGCUAUCCCGAGCUCAGGAACUGGGGUAUCAUCUGUUCCCUUGUCUUCGACAUUCACUCCCCCAUUCCCGAAUUCGACGGUAGCGAGCGAGAGCUCCUCCACACCCGGCCCCAGUUCUGGAACCGGUAUACCAAGCUCAGGGACGACCCUCCCCUCGCCUUCAUCUACUCCGACGCCUUUCUUCCCCAAUACCACGAGCGCAACUGGUGAAAGUUCAGUCCCCACGCCAGGUCCGAGCUCUGGAACAGGUGUGCCGAGCUCAGGCACUUUUAUUCCAUCUGUAUCUUCGUCUUCGGUGCUAUUCCCCAACUCUACAUUGAGUCACAGUAUCGAAUCGACGCCACUGCCUAGCUCAGUUAGCUCAGGCACCGGAGUUGUACCCAGUUCAGGAACAUUUAUUCCAUCAACUUCGUCUUCAGUGCUGUUCCCAAAUACUACGUUCAGUACAAGUGGCACUGAGUCUACACCAUCCCCGACGUCAGGAACUGGCGUGACACCCAGUUCUGGAACCGGAUCAUCACCUCCUUCAUCUUCAGUGUUUUUCCCGAAUAGCACGUUCAGUCACAGCGGCGUCGAAUCUACACCAGGUCCUAGCUCGGGAAUAUUCAUCCCUUCGACUUCGACUUCUGUGCUAUUCCCUAACAGCACAUUGACCACGAGCGGUGUUGAGUCUACACCAAUAUCAACGUCAGGAACUGGUGUCGUACCAAGCUCGACAACCGAAACCCCAUGCCCUUUGUCAUCGCUCAUGUUCCCAAACUCGACUUCAUGUACUGAGGGAUCUACUUCAGUGCCCUCUAGCUCUGGAACAGGUGUGAUUCCUACCUCAGGAACUACUUUGCCGUCGCCUUCUACAUCCUCGGUGUUGUUCCCGAACUCCACUUCGAGCGAGAGUAGUAGUCUUGUGACGCCAACUCCCAGUACGGGAACAGGAUUCCCGUCCACACUACCCUCUCCCUCAUCUUCGGUGUUCUUCCCGAACUCGACAUUGUCUGAGAGCAGUAGCGUUUCAACACCGUCACUCUCCUUUGGAACUGGUUCGACUAGUGCCUCCUCUACGGUACCUAUAUCCUCUUCAGCGCUCUUCCCCAACUCUACGACAAGCUCUAUCGAUUCCACACCAAGCCCAAGCUCAGGCACAGGGGUGUCAAGCACAGAAACGCCAAGUUCAAUUCUUCCCAGCUCCGAAACAGGAAUCCCGCCUGCGUCUUCUGGCUCGUCUUCCAUCAUUUGGCCAAACUCUACAUCGAUUGUUGUCCCCAGCAGUAGUAGUGAGACCACGCCAGUGCUCAGUUCUGGAACCGGUGUCUCGUCCCUGCCAUCUCCACCUUCAACAGUGGUUCCGCCAAACUCGACUUUGGCUUCUACAUCAGGUGUCAGUACGGAAACUCUCUCUGUUACGCCUACAGAUAGUAGCAGCAGCAGCAGCACACCCGGUUCAAGUUCAAGAACGGGCGUAUCUUCCCUGCCCCCUCUGUCGUCAUCUGGAAUUUGGCCCAACUCGACGUCGGUUGUCGGUAGUAGCAGCAGCAGUCCCUCCACAACAGGGCCGAGCUCAGGCACGGGAGUCUCGUCGCCCUCGGUGCCCGUAUCGUCGUUGUCUGAGACUACAUCCAGUAUCGGCAUCACUACCAGCAGCAGUGCUGAUGUACCCCACCCAAGCUCAGGCACAGGAGUCCCAUCAUCGCCUCCUGCAUCUUCCUCGGUGCCCUGGUCAAACUCAACCACCAUCAGCUCACCUUCCCUCACCAAUAUCCAGCCCUCUACUUCUGGUCCUGGAUUCAUCACAUCACAGAGUAGUAGUCAAUACACCGCGCCGCCCAGCAGCACCACAUCGCCUAGUAGCGGCUACCCUGUCCCAAGCAACAGCACAUCUCUCGUGCAAUCGACCGGUGAAAGCGGCACCCCAUCACCAACCGAACCCCCGAUGAGAACGACCACAGUAAUCAGCAUAAUCUCCACCCCAUGCGAGACCGUUCCUCAAACGACUCUCAGCUCAUCGUGGACGCCUUGGAGUAGUCUCGUAGUUACUACGUCCUGGGUGGUGACUACUUCCUUCGUGAUAAGCUCCAGUCCCACGCCCGAGCCGUCACUUUCGACCUCCAGCACAUCGGGCACAAAUACCGACGCCACUACAAUGCGGUCUAGUCGCUCAACUGCGUCCACGAAGUCGAUUCCUACAGACACAUUUCCGCCGGUGACGCCGACGGGGCCUUUCUAUACCACGCUUCCGACCUCGUUGAGUAUUUUGUCGACCACGACGAGCAGCAGUCAGUAUAGCUCCGAGAGCCACAGCAGUAAAGUGUCCAGUCGUAGCUCUUUGAAAUCUUCGUCGUCGUCCUCGGCGUCAUCAACCAAACCUGCUCCGUCGUCAUCGUCUCGCUCCUCGUCUCGUAGCAGCUCAGGCUACGGAUAUUCUCAUGUUUCGCCGCCCCCAUCGUCAUCUACAAAGCCAUCGUCGUCCUCGCGAACCUCGUCUAAGACGUCAAAGAGCAGUAGCAGUUCUGCGCGCCCCUCUUCGUCCUCGAAGAAGAGCAGCAGUAGCUCGGCGCACCAUUCCUCGUCGUCCUCUUCGACCUCGCAACACGGAUACUCCCCCGUUCCCCCACCUUCAUCAUCUCCCUCCCAAACCCACCCUUCAAGCACAGGAACAUCGUCCUACUCCUCCCCAUCAAUCCUCCCUCCCUCCCCCUCACCAACAACAGCAACAGUGACAACCACAAAAACCACCACCGUCAUAAGUACCCCAUCUAACCCUAGCAAACACUCCAGCUCCUCCUCCAGCAAUCACAGCUCCAGCAGCAGUAAAUCUUCUUCGGUGAAAUACUCCACGAAGCCCACUCCUCCGUCUCCCACAACGACGACUUCGACCCCCGUUUACUCGAUCCUGCCAACCUCGAUCCCGAGCACGAGCGCGACGGGAACGAACACCGACGGCAUGCUCAUGUCGUCUUCUGUUCAGACAUCUCCGCCGACAACCUUCUCUACAAAGAUGAGUAGCGGCGGUGGGUAUAAGAAGAGGGAUGCGGAAGCAGCGGAGACGAAAAAAGAAGCGGGGGAUAGUGAUGGAAAGAGAAAUCGACAACGGCGAGUGAGAAGAGAGUAGAU